AAAAUCCUAACCCCUAUUUUAAGUGACAGAGAUUUAACACAAGCACACUGCAUUAUUUAUAUAACUCUUAUCUAUUUACUGUGUAAAAAUAUGGAUGCUGUUGUCAAGCGAAACAUUUCAAAAGUAUGGGGAGGUGUCCGACAUGUCUUCAGAUGGGGAUGGAUCCCUCUCAUCAUCACUCUUGGAAUAAAGAGAGGAGCUGAUCCAGGAUGCCUGAGCCAAAUUUACUCGCUCUCUUCUGGGGAUGAAGAAACAACAAAACUUUAUACAAAUAUUUGAAUUCUUUAUUAAUAUGCGUUUCCAAAUGGUCAAUUGCUUUUGUUAACAUUGUGUUAAGUAAAAAUCAAUCAUUAAACAUUGGUGCUAUGCUUUAUGUCUACGAAAGUAUAGCCAAACUUGUACACCCUUCAAUUUGUAUCACUGCAUUGAACUUUAUCGUUUGGAUAACUGGAAAAUUUUAAAAAAGUAUGGAAAUCUUAUGCAUAUUCAAUUUUAACAGGGUUAGAUAUCAUUAGCUCUGCUCAAUUUAAACUUGAACAAAUCUUGAUUUUUCCAUUCUUGAACAUCCAAGAAAACAUGGGGGACAAAAGGAAGAAGGAAAGUAUUUUGGAUCUUUCAAAGUAUCUUGAUCGACCAAUCAGAGUAAAGUUCCAUGGAGGGAGAGAGGCAAGUGGUGUGCUGAAAGGUUUCGAUCCGCUGCUUAAUUUGGUGCUUGACAGUACAACAGAGACUUUAAGAGAUCCAGAUGACCCUUACAAGCUGAGUGAUGAUACGAGGGCAUUGGGGCUUACUGUGUGUAGAGGCACUUCUGUGGUUUUAAUUUGCCCACAAGAUGGCAUGGAAGAGAUACCAAAUCCGUUUGUUCAGCACACAUGAAGAAGCAAUUAAAUUUGUAAAAUCUUAAUUCAAUUAUAAGUUGGUUGGAUUGAAAACAGGGAGCUACCAUUCAUUAUCAUCCACUAACUGAUUUACUCUGCCAUUCUUCUUUUAUUACAUUAUGUUUAUAGCUGUUUUCCUGAAAAAAAAAACAAAAACAUCUAAGUCUUUAAUCUUGCUGAAAAAAGAAACUCAAUUCUUUAAUAUUAUGACCGCCAUUGUAGCAAACUAGAGUUGAAUGUUCUGUGAUAUUCAAUAUGUUUUACAUACUGAACUUAUUUAGAAAGACAACGAUCGCAGUGCAACAAAAGUUUAUUGCAAAAAAAGUCUGAGUAACUAGAGUCUCAAGCAUUUACAUUAAAAAGCCGGUGAAAUACACUACAUGGUGUUAACACACCUUUGAAAAA